GUGUAGCUUUGUUCCUGGUUCUUACUAUACUAGGCUUGUUGCUGUUUGCUACACUUCUCACCCUCUGUAUCGAACUCACUAUCAAGUUGAUAUCAACUGAGAAUCUCCCGCCAAACGUCCAACAGCCCAAAGAGCAAACAACUUGAAAGAGUACCACCACCCACAAAGAGCCACCGCUCCUCACACACAUGUAAAUAGCCCUCUCAUAUUGCCCCCGGAAUGACCUCGAAACCAUCAUCAACCUCCACCAAAAACAAACCUACGACACACACACUACAGUCCACCACUCAAACCAAACAACAAACCCUCCCACGACAAUGGACUUCCCAUGGCCGCCCCCAAGCCCACCAAGCGGCAGCAACGACAGCCUGGCCGACGAACUACCAGACUACAGCACCUCACCCACCGCAUGGCUUGCCGCAGUCGCCAGGAAGGUCUACCCGGCCUCCGACUGCUACCACGAGUGGGACAUCCAAAUCACCACCGAGGCAGCAGCCCCGGCCUCCUCCUCCGAGGACCACCGCAGCACCCCCCGCUGCGACGUGAUCACGAUCUCCCAUUCUGCGUCGCGCACCGUGCUGAUCCUGGUCGCCGGCCCGGACGAUGAUGAGGUUUCCCUCGAGUCCCCGCGAUCCGAAGCAGAAGAAAAAGCAGACGCCGCCGUCAUCAUCUGGCAGCGCCGCCGGGCGUGUCUGCAGCAGCAGUGGGAACGCCACAACCUGGGCGACGAGUCCGACGAGACCAAGGCGCCGUCCAUCCACGGCGCCGUGCUCGUCCGCGGCCAGAUCAUCUUGGGGAGUACCCGGGCUCUGCCAGCCCAUCGUGGGUCAACACCACGGAUAACGAUGCCCCGUUGGAGCCAUGGCGAUUGUCCGAGAAUGAAGGCAGGGCCUGGUUUGCCGAUAAGCUGCUGGAGAUCCGGUUGUCUGCCGGGGAGCCCCGCUAUGAGGUGGCGUACUGGGUCUGGACGAAGCUGGGACUGUCGUAUGCGGACUGGUUGAAUCUUGGGAAAUACGACCCGCUUGAGUUUGAGUAAGCAAUUCACCUCACCCACCCCAUUUGUGGUUGUGUCAUGGUCUGAGGUUGUCAUAGUCUGAGGAAGAUUUCACAAUUGAAUUUCAAAGAUAUUCUGAUAUUAUAAGUCUGAUGCAUCGUAGUAACCACACCUUACUGCAGCUUUAUUCCCUUUUCUUGUCCGCGAGUUCGCCCUCCUCGGCGAACCGCAGGCG